UGACUUGAAAAGUAUUUUUGUUCAAGUCAAAGGGCAUCUCAAUCAUGCCGGGCCUGCUGUGCUCAAGUAACUAAGAGCCCUUCUUGGCUUGUCCAUAAUCAACACUCCUAUAGCAUUCUUGCAUCUAAAAAAUCUCUCAUGGUGAACUCAUGUGCGUUUCAUCCUGCUGCUACCUGGCAAGCUAUACUGGUCUGUAUUUCUGCAAUUGCAGUUCAAUUAGCUGAUGCGAUGGGCCAAGGUCAGUGUCCUCCUUUCUCCUGUGGUGAUCUUCACAACAUAUCCUACCCUUUCCGUAGGCCAGGUGACCCACCUGAGUGCGGCGUGCAAGCAUACCAGCUAGUCUGUAACAGCAGCAAGGCUAGAAUCCACAUCAACACAGGGACAUACUUUGUGACCAACAUUAACCAUACGGAUCGGUCCUUCUGGGUUGUGGAUGUUAACUUGGACAUGCGCAGCAGCUGCCAUCUUCCUCGCUGGGAUCAGCUUCCUUACAACCACCUUGGAUCUGUCUCCGGAAGCUUUCAGCAUUCGUAUUCCAUUUUUUUGGCCACUGCAGCCGAUUGUUGGGCAUGCUUUGUUAAUUGUUCACAAGCAGUAACAAAUAUCAGUUGGUACAAGCCCGUUCCUUGCCUGACUGCGAACAAUUCGUUUGUUUAUGUCUCCAUUGCGGAUUGUAGAGUACAGUCUCUUGAUCCUUCCUGUGGGUACUUGGCCAUGACCCCCAUUGGUAGCUGGCGUUUCACAUACCCAGAGUUAGAGAAUGACAAUUAUACUUAUACAGAUAUCAUAAAAUUGGUAAAGAAGGGAUUUUCUGUUGAAUUUCCUUGGGAUUAUAAUCCUGGUUACGACAAUGCUUCUUGGAUAUUCAAAACGUGCCUAAAUAAUUCAACCAGAUACUUCCACAAUCAAUUUACUGGCACAAGCAUCCUAAAAUGGACUAAAGGUUUGUUCUGGAGUGAAGCAACUUUUGCGGAAUGUGCAAACUUUUACUAUACCCCAAAUCCUAUGUUCCAGAGGGUUGUGAUAGCCAUAGUAUCUGCUAUAAGUAUCACCAAGUUACUUUUUGUACUAUGCAGGUUAGUACUCCCCGCGCUAGUAGUAUUCACAUUUCUUGCUCAUAAGUACUGGAAAACAAGGAUAACAAUUGAUGCAGUCGAGAAGUUUCUUCAGAUGCAGCAAAUGAUUGGUCCGAUUAGGUUUGCCUACACCGACAUCACUGCAAUCACUAGCCAUUUCAGAGACAAGCUGGGUCAGGGAGGAUAUGGGUCCGUAUACAAGGGCGUGCUACACCCAGGCAAUGUGCAGGUAGCCAUCAAGAUGCUGGGCAACUCCAACUGCAAUGGAGAAGAGUUCAUUAGUGAGGUCUCCACAAUUGGUAUGAUCCACCACAUCAACGUGGUUCGUCUUGUGGGCUUCUGUGCUGAGGAAAUGCAGAGGGCACUGGUCUACGAGUACAUGGCUCAUGGUUCCCUGGACAAGUACAUAUUCUCAUCUGAGAGAAGUUUCUCAUGGGAUAAGCUCAAUGAGAUCGCUUUGGGCAUCGCACGAGGCAUCGACUACUUGCAUAGGGGUUGUGAUAUGCAGAUCCUUCACUUUGACAUCAAGCCACACAACAUCCUUCUCGAUAUCAACUUUGUCCCGAAAGUUGCUGACUUUGGCCUUGCCAAGUUGUACCCAAGGGACAAGAGCUUUGUGCCAAUGAGCGCCUCACGGGGAACUAUUGGGUACAUAGCCCCUGAAAUGUAUUGUCGGGGCUUUGGUGCCAUAUCAAGCAAAUCCGAUGUCUACAGCUUUGGUAUGCUGUUGCUGGAGAUGGCAGGAGGGCGAAGGAAUUUUUACCAAAAUGCAGCAUCCCCAAGUCAGGCAUACUACCCAUCAUGGGUGUAUGGCCAGCUAGCUAAACAUGAAGAGGGUGAGGUAUCUUCUGCUUCUAAUGUUCACAUGCAUGAGUUGGAGAGGAAGCUGUGUAUUAUUGGGCUACAGUGCAUUCAGUUGAACCCACAAGAUCGUCCAACCAUGAGUGAGGUCAUAGAGAUGCUCGAAUCUGGUACCGAUGGACUACAAUUGCCCUCUACGAGGCCGUUCUUCUGUGGUGACGACGAGGCUGAUGAACACAUUGCUGCUGCAGAUUCAUGCCAUUCUUCUUCUGAGCUAACUGCAAUCUCGGAGGAAGACGAGUAAAACAUUAUUCAUAUAUGUUUGUAGUCUUGUAAUAGGAUAAAGUGGUGGCCAUUGCGUCGCGAGUCCUAAUAAUCACUUCCAUGAUAUAUGUUUGUUGUCUUAGUGAUAAUCUAAUAAGUUUCCUGAGUCCAGGUUCCUGCUUCGUGUAAAUAAUGUUUGUGAACACGUGUAACUUAAGAUGGAGAAUCGUGAUUGAUGCUGUCUUCAUGCUGAGAUGAAAUGCAUUUCCUAGAAGUGAGAUAUGCAUUUUGUGGUUGACAUAUUGGAAAA